AUGGAAGAAAAAGGCAGUGUGGAAUCACUGGAGUUUCGUGGUCGCUCUGAGUACAUCGAACAGCAUGGCUCUACACUAAAUACACCAUCACAUCUCUACUCCAGUUGUUUUUUAAUCAAGCAGAGUCAACACGGAGCCAACGCUAGGUUCUACGCGUCUGGCGUGAGCAGUUCGUGCAGCAUGCAGAGCUUUUAUGGAUACACGGCUCCGUACGCGGAGCCCCUGCAUAAUUUACGCAAGCACUGCCGUCAUAGACAACAAACUGUUAAUCCAUUUGUCGGAUCUUUCCAGGGGGAUGGUGCUCGACAUGGGGGUAAACCAAAUAAUAGCUAA